AUGCCGUUGCGGCGCUCGCAUGCGAAAUCCCAUCACGGCUGCACCCAGUGCAAGAAGCGCCGGAUCAAAUGCGAUGAGACCCGCCCCUGUUGUGGUCCUUGCCAGAAAAAAUACCUCUCGUGCACAUUCAACAGUUCUCAUCCUGAGCAUCUUCCCCUUUGGGGCUCCGCGACAGCCCCGCAGGGUAAUGGGAGCGCAGCCAUCCUGCCCCUGGGCGAACUCAAACUUUUGCAUCAUUGGCAUACGGCGAUAGCUCUAUCGCUGGCACAGAACGAAGACCUGAUUGAAGUUUUCCAGACACAUGUUCCUCACAAGGGACUGGCCUACCCGUUUGUCAUGCACAGUAUACUUGCUAUAUCGGCAUUACAUCUAUCUCGGGAAUCUCCUGAUUCUCGCCAAAGAUAUACUGAAGUCGCAAUACAACAUCACAGCCUCGCAUUGUCUCUCUGUGCGCCGCUUCUAAGUCACAUGACAUCGACGAACUGUCACGCCCUCUUCGCCUGCUCCCUUCUUAUCAGCAGUUUUUCCUUUGCUUACCACGGUCUGAAUUUAGUAUUCGGAUCCACAAAUGUGAACGAAGUGAUUGAGGUCUUCAAGUUAGUCCGUGGGGCUGCAUCAAUUGUAGAAAAUGCUCGGCCGUGGAUCGAGCAGGGUGAUCUGAGGCUCUUGUUGAAGUUGACACGGUGUGCACAACAGCGCCAAAGAUCAAAGCAAGUCCGUGAGGUUCAUGCUCAAUUAAAAGCAUUGUUUGAACAACAGGCAGAGGACGGCCAGUCUCAAUGUCAGGAUGGUGUACGGACGAUCGUACUAAGAUCUAUCAAGCAUCUCCUUCAUGUUUUUGACGCCUGCGUCGCUAGCGAGAACCAGAGCCCAAUUCUAGCGUGGCCUGCUAUAAUAGAUUCCGAAUACCUGGAUCUAGUGCUGAUAAAAGAACCGAGAUCUUUAGUGACGCUCGCUCACUACGGGGCACUUCUACAUGUCAUGGAUAAGGCUUGGUGGAUGGAAGGCUGGGGAAAGAUCUUGGUCAAUCUUGCCGCAGAGUAUUUGGACAAGUCUGUGCAGUCUGAAAUUGCCUGGCCUCUAGCUGUUAUCGAUAAUGGAGGGUUUGGAGAGUAG